AUGAGGAUAGGCUGUCUGCAAUUCGCCCCUCAGGUUGGAGAUGUCAACAACAACCUGAGUCGCGCUGAUGGCAUUCUGGACAGAGCCGAUCCUGAAGACCUGGAUCUCCUGGUCCUCCCUGAGUUAGCUUUCUCCGGCUAUAAUUUCAAGAGUCUUCGCGAAAUAUAUCCAUACUUGGAACCAACUGGCACAGGCAUCACUUCUGUGUGGGCUCGCAACGUUGCCUUGAAAUACGACUGCGCUGUGGCGGUAGGCUAUCCAGAAACGGCCGACGUAUCACACAAAUGGCCGACCUCCCCCGAAUACUACAACUCCUUGAUCAUGGUAAAUAAGGAUGGCGACGCCUGGGCCUUGUAUCGGAAAUCUCAUCUGUACUACACAGAUGAGACAUGGGCAUUAGAGGGACCUGAGGGAUUCUGGAAGGGAUAUCUGCCUGGUAUUGGCAAACUUGCCAUGGGCAUUUGUAUUCCUUACAAAUUCGAGGCUCCAUGGGACGAGUUUGAGUUCGCAGCACAUGCAAUCAGAGUGUCUGCUGAUGUUGUCAUUGUAUCGAUGGCGUGGCUGACGCAUGAGAAUCGGUCUUCUUUUCUCAGUCAUCCAGGAGAGCCAGACCUAGACACUUUGACUUAUUGGGUUCAGCGCAUGGAGCCUUUGAUACGACGCGAAAAUGAAGAAGAGGUCAUCGUUAUUUUCGCGAACCGAUGCGGAACAGAGGAUGACGUUUUAUAUGCUGGCACAAGUGCUGUCCUUGGAAUCCAAGAUGGCGAGGUGACGGUAUAUGGUCUGCUCGGUCGUGGCGAGGAACAGUUGCUCAUCGUUGAUACAAGCAAGCCCGCCAUGGCGAAGCUUCAGUAUCGUCCAGAACGGGAGAAGGAUAUCUAUGCUGAAGCCACGGAAAACCAUGCCAAUUCUGAUAUUAAUUCUCCAGUACAGAGCGAGGGGGAUGGCAGUAUAGAUCCCCCACUGUCCAGUACUUUCCAAAGUUCAAGGGAUCCCAAUGUAGAUGGGGUGGAAGGAAUGGAUGGGCUCAAUCACGGUGCUGAUCCUUACAUCUUUGAUCUAUCGGAUGUGGUGAGCACCGCAUCAACUGAGUUCUCAGCUGACAGUCAGUUUGGAUCUCCAAUAUCACCUCGGCAUUCUUGGAAGCUGGCUCGACCGAAUCGUCUUUCUAAAGCAUCCGUUUUCGGCGGAGCCGAUACGUAUGGAGAGGGACAUUGGCAGAAAUGGCUCGAUGAACACAGGGACGAGGCACUAGACGCCUCAUCUGAUGACGCUGCCUCCCUAGAUCUCGAACCUGAGCCUACUGUGGAGUUUUCUGCUCUUGUCGAAGGUCUUUCGAGUUCAACAAAGGCAUACGAGGGUGUGAUGCUUCGCCCCUUCUCCACGAAGGCUGGCAAUAUCGGCCAUGAACACCACAGUCGUAUCUCUCAACGGUCUUGGUAA